CAAAUACAACUUUUUGUCGGCUUAAAUAUAUUCAACGAAAAAGAAGUGAUAAAAGGAUAUUUAUUACAAUCAAAACAAUGAAGUAGAUUUCGAAAAUGAUGUUCCUCUGGGUAAUGUGCGCUUGGGUUCUCCUUAGAACGAAUACUGUAUGUGGACAAGACACGGGUACUUUUGAUUCUAACUGUCAAGUUGGCUGUGCAUGCUGUAAAGAUCGUCACUGUGGACCACUCGGUUACUGGCCUGAAGGCAACUGUUACAGUGGCUGCAAAGACGGAUAUAGAGGAGGUCGUUGUACACGGAAAUGUGAUUACCCUGAAUGUGCUGAAUGCCCAGACCUUGCAUAUGUAUGUACUAGAUGUAAGGCGGGCUAUUAUCAUGGCUUAAGUAACAACUGUUCGUCAAAAUGCCCUAUCACCUGUAAGUCAUGUACAUCAAGCACCUACUGCACAGAAUGCAUUGAUGAAUAUUACAAUUCAAAUGGUUUCAAUGAUUGUCGAUAUCGUUAUUGUCCGUUACACUGUAAAUGUGAGCAUAAUGCGUGUGUGUCAUGUAAAGAAGGUUACUUCAAUAUAGAUUCAUCGUGCAUUAGUAAAUGUCCAUCUACCUGCGUCAGCUGUUCAGCUAAGGACAAGUGUAGUUCGUGCAUAGAGGGUAAAUAUAAUGGAUAUGAGUUUGACAAGAGAGAUCGUCUUCUGUUGAAUAACUGUACCCAUGGAUGCCGGGAGAAUUGCAUCUCUUGUUCAUCUUAUAAUAAUUGCUCACAAUGUGAACCGGGUAAAUUCGGAAUGACUUGUCAGAGGGAUUGCUCAAUCGGAUGUGAAAAUAAGAUAUGUCAGAUUGAGUCUGGAAAUUGCACAUGUAAAACCAAUUUCUCUGGUCGUAACUGCACUGACUGUAUUCCUGGUAAAUUUGGAACAUCAUGCGAGAAGACCUGCCCUAUGUUCUGCAAAAAUAAACGUUGUGACAAAUCUUCAGGUAAUUGUUUGGAUGGAUGCAUACUUGCUGCUAUUAUUGGCGAAACGUGUAAUGCAUGUGUAAAUGGUAGUUAUGGGGAUGCCUGCAACGCGACUUGCCCUAAUAAUUGCAAGGAUGUUAAUUGUGAAAGAGAUAACGGUGAAUGUUCAUACGGAUGCAAAGAUAAUUUCAGUGGGAAAAAGUGCGAAGCUUGCAAGGACGGUAAAUAUGGAAAAUCAUGUAAUCUUACCUGUCCUCAGAAUUGUGCUGACGAUAAAUGCAACAAAACGUCUGGGCAUUGUUUCGCUUGCCGUGGUAACUAUUAUGGAAACAAAUGUAACAACUGUACCAAGGGGUAUUAUGGGUCAUCAUGCAAUGAUGAAUGUUCUUCUCAAUGUUGGAAUGGUGUGUGUAAUAGAGCUACAGGGAACUGUGAUCUUGGUUGCAAAGGGAAGUAUUCUGGAGAUAAAUGUUGCAUGGAGGGCGGUAAUUGUUUGGUUUGUUCCUCGAACACCGAGUGCAGCAAAUGCAAACCCGGAUAUUUCAGCGAACACUGUUAUAAGGCAUGUCCCUCAAAUUGUCUGGAUUCUUGCGAAUUAUUAACAGGUGUUUGCUAUUCCUGUAAAAACAAUUUAUACGGACUAUUUUGCAACGCAUCAUGUUCAUUGUCGUGCAAACUAUCACAGUAUGCAAGCGUCAGCAAUUGUGAAUCACAAUAUGGAAACUGUAUCCAUGGGUGUGUAAAAGGUUUCUUCGGUUCAUUAUGUAAUAUGUCAUGCAAUAGCCAAUGUAUUGAUAAUUUGUGCAUACAAGAUGACGGCAAAUGCACUAAGGGGUGUUAUAAACCCUCUGACGAUCAUGUGUGUCAUCUAGGUUCAGAAAAACAGAAGUCAGAGGACUCUAAGCAGACAAUCAUUAUAGUGAUGGGGGUUGUCGUAGCAUUGCUACUUGUUGUGGUCAUAAGUUUUAUAGCAUCUAAAAUUGUCGCCUGGAAAAGAAAAUCUAUGGAAAGAAACCCGAAAGAUGCAAUGGUGUCUUCCGAAAUUGAAACAUCGUCUCCAAAUAUCGAACACAGGAGGAGUGAAGGUUUAUUCUAG